AGCACCACCACCACCAAUCUCACUUCGCUGGAAUCCCACACCACCUCCUUCGAAGAGUAACCGGAUCGGCGGGAGCGAUGUCGGGGCGCGGCAAGGGAGGCAAGGGGCUCGGUAAGGGUGGCGCGAAGCGUCACCGGAAGGUGCUGCGCGACAACAUCCAGGGCAUCACCAAGCCGGCGAUCCGGCGGCUGGCGAGGAGGGGCGGUGUGAAGCGCAUCUCGGGGCUCAUCUACGAGGAGACCCGCGGCGUGCUCAAGAUCUUCCUCGAGAACGUCAUCCGCGACGCCGUCACCUACACCGAGCACGCGCGCCGCAAGACCGUCACCGCCAUGGACGUCGUCUACGCGCUCAAGCGCCAGGGCCGCACCCUCUACGGCUUUGGCGGCUGAUGCGCCGUCGAUUCCCCUCUGCAGCUCCGACGUUGCCUGGCCGUGUUCACAAGUCUUGCGGUCAAGAAGUUUCAGACUCGCUUGUUUAAGUUCGUCUGGCUGUAGUAGGUUUGUAAACAAGGUUGCUUGGACCCGAAAUUCGAAUUCAAGCUUGUUCUGUGCAACUAUGUUUUUCUUUUAUCAAACAAAGCUUGUUCCGUGGA